CUCUCCCAUCUAAGCUUUCUCAGCCAAACCAACAUGGAUUCUUACAGGAAAACUCCAUCAAAACCAUGGAAGAAAGGACCUACAAGAGGCAAGGGAGGCCCUCAGAAUGCGACCUGCGAGUAUCGUGGAGUUCGGCAAAGAACUUGGGGCAAAUGGGUUGCAGAGAUCAGAGAACCCAAGAAGAGAACCAGACUCUGGUUGGGUUCUUUUGCUACUGCAGAAGAAGCUGCCAUGGCCUAUGAUGAAGCUGCAAGGAAGUUGUAUGGGCCUGAUGCUUACGUCAAUCUACCACAUCUUCAACCAAAUUCCACUCCUCCGAGCAAAUCCCAGAAGUUCAAAUGGUUUCCUUCCAAGAACUUCAUUUCCAUGUUUCCUUCAUACCGAAUGCUAAAUUUGAAUGCCCAGCCCAGUGUUCAUGACAUUCAUCAAAGGAUCCAGGAGUUCAAGAAAAAUACGGCUCACAAUCAAUCUUCACCAUCAUGGUCAUCUUCAUCUUGCUCGUCCUCCUUUGAUUUGAAAUCUGCAUUUCAGAUCACAGAUGAUAAUAUCCACAUGGAAGAUUCAGUAAUCAACAAAGAAGAGACGUUUUCAGUAGCGAAAGUCCAAGAGGAACGUGAAGAAAAACCUCAGAUAGAUCUCAAUGAAUUUCUUCAGCAGUUAGGUGUACUGAAAGUACAGAGCACAUCAGAUGACAGCGAAGCCACCAGAAGCUUUCCAGUGAUGGAAUCUUCCCCUCCAGAUGAUUAUGGGCUCGCAGCUCUUGGCGACCAGACUUUCAACUGGGACAGUCUAGUUGAUAUGCAUGGACUAGAGUAUCAUCAGGGAGUAGAAUCCAAUGGCCUUCAGGAUGAUGCUGUGAAUGAAGAGCUGACAUUCCCUACUAUUUGGGACUAGUAGA